AUGAAGCAUCUACAAGCAAUAUUUGAAGAUUCCAGUGAAUACGGCGAAGGAUUGGAUUGGGCUGGUUUCACCGUCCAUGAUGCUGCGGGUAUUCUUCGUCGAUACUUGAACCAAUUAUCAGAGCCUGUCGUUCCUCUAAGCAUGUAUGAGAGGUUUAAGGGACCAAUGAUCAAAUUCAAUGAUGAGAAAAAGUCUCCUAAGCAAGCAGAUAUUGGCGAUACGACAAAACAGUUUGUCAGCACGUACUGGGAGCUUAUCCGGGCACUGCCUUCUAUCAACCAAGAUUUGUUCAUUUACAUUCUGGACCUCCUGGCCAAAUUUUGUUCUAAAUCCGACUACACUCGAAUGACAGCAGAGAAUUUGGCCGCUGCUUUCCAACCGGCCAUUCUCUCACAUCCUGCGUAUGAAAACAUGAAUACGAAAGCUGCCAGACAGUGA